AUGGGUCAUAGGCCAGGGCUGUGCUCGGCACGGGGGACACAGCAAGAUGGCACUGAUCGGGCCUCCGAGGAGCACAGUCUAGGGGUGGGGUUAGACCAACCCCUCCCAGGAGUUGCUAUAGCACCAGGUCGGUGCUCCAGAGCUGAUACAGGCUGCGGCCAGAACGUGGAGGAAAAAGCAGAUUCUGGAUCUGCAGUCUUCAUGGAGGAAGUCACAUUUGAACUGGCCUUUGAGGGGCAGGCAGAGAACAGCCCGCUGAGCAAAGGGUCAGAGAUGCACAGUCACGGAAGCACCGACUCUCCCAGAAAGAGAAGAUUACAGCGCAGGAAGAGAGCAUUCAUCCAUGCUGGUGAUACUGUCCUUUCCCAGAUGCCAGGCCUGUCAAGAAAUAUGACAAGGUCAUCUCAUGAAAACAAGGCAUAUUGUUUUCCAUCGUGUGAAGGAAAUUAA